UCAUGCUGUGUCUGGUGAUGGAGUGCUCUUACAUGAGGAAUCUGUCUGCGAUGAUCAAAGCACAUAGGGACAGAAGGAAACACGUUGACGAAAAGGCGAUCAGAAGAUGGCUGGGUUCGAUGGUGGAUGCUUUAGCCUACCUUCACAAACAGAACGUCAUACACAGAAACCUCAAGCCAUCAAACAUCCUGCUGAAACAAGAUCUGUCCUUCCAAGUCUCUGAUUUCCAGGUUCACUCCAUGGCUGAUGAUGAACUGAAGCUGAAGAUACGGAUCAAAGAAAGUAUGAAAAUUUGGAUGGCCCCAGAAACCUUAGAGCAGUGGAAGUGGAGUGGAAAAUCUGAUGUGUGGUCCUUGGGGUGUAUCCUUCUGGAAAUGCUGACUUGUCACACGUUGGAUGAAAAGGCUGCUCUGUCACUGCUACAGAAGAUCAGGCAGGAUUCUGAGCACUUGGAGACUUUCCUUCAGACUCUAGAUAGACCCCCUGCUCUGUGUUUUUUACUGAAGUGGAUAUUACAGAGAAACCCACACCACAGAGCGACCAUAUUGUGA